ACAAUGUCCAUUUUCUUCACACAUUUACAAAACAGUUGAGUCUCAACGAUGGCGUACGAUUAGCAAACGCUGCUAAAGUUUGCUAUCAAGUCGACUAGCUGACAAUGUAAGCCGUGUGAGCUAAACUACAAGUAAGACACCAUGGGACACGGCGUGGGCUAAACUGGAGUGUCGAGUAACACAUGCUAACUCCUGUGUGUUGGUUUGAGGUUUCCCACCGUGGUGUAGGACAUGGCCACAGCCUCGCUCAGAGCAGAGUCGGGCCAUAACUACAGAGAAACAUCACAGCUCCAUGCAGUUGUUUCCUGUGCCAAAAUCAAAAGGAAGAAAAGCUUAUUUGGAGUUGCCAUUUAUGUGGAGGUGACAGCAGAGGGGGAGUCACGUCGCACAGCGAAGUCCCACAGCUCAUCUAGUCCGAAAUGGGAUGAAAGGCUUACUCUGAAUGUAACACCGCGCAGCCAGGUAGACUUCAAAGUAUGGAGUCACCACACCUUGAAAGCAGAUGCUCUGCUGGGCAAAGCUUCGCUGGACCUGAUAGAAACCUUGGAGCAGCAUGAAAGCAAAUUGGAGAAUGUGAAGGAGGUGCUGAAACUGAGUGUGGAGCACAAGGGCGUUCUGAUGCCUGCAGGGGAGCUGACAGUCUACCUAGAUGGACUUAAUGUCAGUGACCAGCAGGAACUGCCACCACUAACCAAUGGAAAUGCAGCAAAUGGCACAAAAGUCCAGCAGAAUGGUGACGCCAUCCAUGAAAAUGGAGAAUCCUCUUCCUCAAGGGCUGCCAACAGCACAGCUAACGGAACAGACCUGGGCCUGCGGUCAGGUUCCAUUUCAGCCUCUAAUGGAGUGAAUAGUCAGGUGCCUUCCAGUUCCUGUAGCCCGGCCCUAAGUCACGUCGUCAAUGGCGAUGUCACGCCCAACUCUACCCCAAGCAACCAACCCUCAGAUAGUGAUGCAGAGAGUAGGACUCUCAAUGGGGAGACCUGUGAUACUGUCGCCGAGUCAUCAUCUGAUACAACAGGUGAUGUGUUGCCUCAAGCAGAAAACCUCGAGGACUGUACUCUAGAUGCCCUUCUGCCAGAUUCCGACACAGCACCAAAUGGCACAUCACAGGCUCCAGUCUUGUCUUCUGCUGCUAAGCAGAGUGAUGGUGCGGUUGCCGCUGAUGCCGCUACUACUGCUGCCUCCUCCAUGCGCACUUCCGCAGCACAGGGUGCCACAGCCAUCGCAACGUCCUCAUCAUCAGUGUCCUCCUCCCCAGCAUUGGGAGAAACAAAUUUGUCAGCUGACAGUGGGAGCAGUAGUAGCGCUGCAACAGUAACUACGGAUGGGGCCAAACCCAGACAGCAGGUCCCUGCAGCUGGAGCCCCAGACCCUCUUCCGCCUGGGUGGGAGCAGCGAAAAGACCCGCAUGGGAGAACAUAUUAUGUAGACCACAACACCAGAACUACUACCUGGGAAAGACCACAGCCACUGCCACCAGGGUGGGAGCGCCGUGUUGAUGACCGGGGAAGGAUCUAUUACGUGGACCAUAACACCCGCACCACCACAUGGCAGCGUCCCACAAUGGAGUCAGUCCGGAAUUUUGAGCAGUGGCAGAGUCAGCGCAGCCAGCUGCAGGGAGCUAUGCACCAGUUUAACCAGAGAUACCUCUACUCUGCAUCCAUGAUGUCUGCCGAGAACGAUCCACUUGGCCCGCUACCUCCUGGUUGGGAGAGGCGUGUGGACUCCAAUGACAGAGUAUACUUUGUCAACCACAAUACAAAGACAACACAGUGGGAAGACCCCCGAACCCAAGGGCUACAGAAUGAGGACCCUCUACCUGAGGGUUGGGAGAUCCGUUACACAAGGGAAGGUGUUCGAUACUUUGUAGAUCAUAACACCAGAACGACGACAUUUAGCGACCCCCGCACUGGAAAGUCCUCUGUCACCAAAGGUCCACAGAUUGCAUAUGAGCGUAGCUUCCGGUGGAAACUUGCUCAUUUUCGCUACUUGUGCCAGUCGAAUGCUCUCCCUAGCCAUGUGAAGAUCACCGUCUCCAGGCAAACGUUGUUUGAAGACUCAUUCCAGCAGAUUAUGGCCCUGAAACCUUACGACUUGAGGCGGCGAUUGUACGUCAUCUUCAGAGGCGAGGAGGGUCUUGAUUAUGGAGGCUUAGCUCGGGAGUGGUUCUUCUUGUUGUCGCAUGAGGUGCUAAAUCCCAUGUACUGUCUGUUUGAGUACGCUGGCAAAAGCAACUACUGCCUGCAGAUCAACCCAGCUUCGGCUAUCAACCCAGAUCACCUCUCAUAUUUCUGCUUCAUAGGCAGAUUUAUUGCAAUGGCACUUUUCCAUGGAAAGUUUAUCGACACAGGCUUCUCCCUGCCUUUCUACAAACGCAUGCUUAAUAAGAAGCUCAUCCUCAAAGAUUUGGAGUCCAUCGACCCAGAGUUCUAUAACUCACUUAUAUGGAUCAGGGACAACAAUAUUGAGGAGUGUGGUCUCGAGAUGUAUUUCUCAGUGGACAUGGAGAUCUUGGGCAAAAUCACAUCCCAUGACCUCAAACCAGAUGGCACCAAUGUCCUUGUCACUGAGGAGAACAAGGAGGAGUACAUCAGUUUAAUGGCAGAGUGGAGGUUCUCCCGUGGAGUUGAAGGUCAAACCAAAGCUUUCCUUGAUGGUUUUAAUGAAGUGGUUCCACUUCAGUGGCUCCAGUAUUUCGAUGAAAAGGAGCUGGAGGUGAUGCUGUGUGGCAUGCAAGAAGUGGACUUACAGGACUGGCAGAGGAACACGGUGUAUCGUCACUAUACCAGGAACAGUAAACAAAUCAUUUGGUUCUGGCAGCUCGUGAAAGAAGUGGACAACGAAGUGCGUCUGCGCCUCAUGCAGUUCGUCACUGGAACCUGCAGGCUUCCUCUGGGCGGCUUCGCUGAGCUCAUGGGAAGUAACGGACCUCAAAAGUUCUGCAUUGAGAAGGUUGGGAAGGAAACGUGGCUUCCCAGGAGCCACACAUGCUUCAACCGUCUGGACUUGCCCCCUUACAAAAGCUUCGAGCAGCUCAAAGAGAAACUCCUCUUCGCCAUCGAGGAAACGGAAGGAUUCGGACAAGAAUAAUGGAGCGCUCUCUCUUCACCAUCAGUUUGACUGAAAUCAAUCAAUUGCACAAGAUAACCACCAAUGUAUAUAAGCUAUUUUAUCAUUUUUAACCAAAUCUUAUUUGCAGCAUCAUUCUUGCCGCAGUCCUAUCUUAUCAGACUUUUAAUAUAUGGAACACCCAUUAAGAAAUAUGCAAGCUGCCCUACCUUUAUAUUUUCAAGAUGAACAUUCCCUACUCCUGACGGCUUUUACGAAAAGACUUUUUGGAUCGGAUUUUAUUGUGUAACGCAAUCUUCUUUUGAAGCUCUAGUUCUAUAGCGCUUUGAAGGAGUAGUAGUUUGAAGCCUGGUGCCUGAAAUCCCUUAAACCAACCACCUGUCCUUACCCCAGUAAGCGAUGGAUAGAAAAUGCUAACAUGUCCUGUAAAAUGUGCCUGUACAAUUCAGUGAACUGAAAUCAUGUUGGUAGGAUACAUUAAAAGGAUACAUUAAAAAGUAAUGUGGUUGCGCCCUUGAAACUCUACAGACCCCAAAUAAUUCAACUACGAUCUUCCUGGAAUUCUGUGCUUGGGUGCCAUGAGAUGUACGUCUGAAUUGUACAGGAUGUUUUAUUUCAGUUUGCUAACAAAAUUUUUUUUUUUUUUUUUUGCUUGAGUGGCUGUGUCCAACUGCAAUCACACAAGCUUGGACUCAUCCUCCCCUAGCAGAAUGUUGCAGUAGAAAGUACCCAUGAGAGCCCCUCACUUUCUAGUGACUUAUUGAAAGUAUUAGUGUAUGUGGUGUGUGUGUAUGCAAGCAGGUCCACGGUGACAUGUUCCGCCCCACCUUGGCUGCAGUGAGGCAGGAUGACACACUGAGUCAUCAACUGUUCAAAACAGGAAAGCCCCAACUUUUUUCUAUGAGUAAAUACAAGUAAAUAGCCUUAAGAGGUUACAGCAACAAUGUCCUUUUCAUUUAGUUCACUAAAAAGAAACGCUGCACAAAAAAAAGGAACAUUUCUUGUCAAGGAACAUUUCUGGUCAAAACUUUAUAUUGUACAUGCAUGCAGCACAGCCCGCUGCAGAUGAAAUGUAACGAGUAUAAUCACAUUUCAGAAGUAUCAUGUUUUGACUGCGAAGAAGAGUGGGUGACCGAAGGGUGGAUGUGAAGUUAAUGCGUCGAUAGUGACAUACAAACGUUGCAGCGUCACCCAGCAGCCUCUCGCUUCCUAGAAUUCCACCGUUCAGAUGUCGAACACAGGAGACUGACAUUUAUGUUGAAUCAAGAUUCUUUUAAGGUUGUAUUUUUUUUUCACCCCGCCCCCCCAAGUCUAGCGGAGGAAACGUAUCGUAUUGUAGCAAAAGGAGCAGACGUUGAAAACUGUGCUUGCUUUUAUGAUUGCAAACCUGUAAUCAAAGCGAAUCCGAAACUGUGUUUGUGAAUACUCAUUGUACAAAGAUAAUGACAGAUAGCAUACUUAAAUAGUAUAAUAAAUUACAGAGCCGCCGUUCCAAUGUUUGGAAAUCUGUGAUGCCUUUUGUUUAAUAUCCGAAAUAGAGCGGGAGCGUCUCAGGCGGCCUUCAAGGCAGGAUGUGCAGCGUAGGCCGUCUGAAAGGCAUCCAGACUAACGUAUCGCGUGUAGAUAACACACUGUAAACACCUACUACAUUGUACAGAACAGCCCUUUACCGGUGUAUAGAGGAUUCAUUUUUAAAUAAGCUUUCAACCAUUUGAAAUGGAGAUGGAUUUAUGAGAUACAAAUAAAUACGUGAAUUACUCCCUUCCCUGCCAUGAUCGUGCUUUUAUUUUCAAGUUGCGAGGAUGGUGCCCCAAGGAGAUGAGUGAUUUCUCUGUCCAAGGCCAAUCAUAACACUUAACAAUUAAAGAAAUU